UCUAAUGGCUUACAGCAUACUAAGAACUUCUGGACAUCCCCUUAAACACCUACUUAAGCUUAGCCCUAACAAAAACCUUAGGGACAAAACUCAGAAACUGGAGACACAACACAGCAGAACCAUUCAAACCAUUUAAACCGCUUUAUUCUGAUUGGUUGCUACGUCGUUUGCCGAAAUUACAAACCGUAGUUGAGUUUAUUCCCUGUGUUUUUUGGUAAUUAAAAGUAAAUGACAAAGCGAUGUUCUCUUCAGUGGGUUAAUGCAACAAAUGGCACGAUUGGUCCUGCGCUACAAAGUCAUGCUGGUGCCAUUAUAAGGGGAGAUCUCUAUCUGCACGGCGGAAUAACUUCUAAUGAUGCAUCAUGUAAAACGCCGAGCAACUGUUUUUACAAGAUACAGCUUUAUCCUACAAUAGGCCAGUGGAUGGAAAUUACAUCUUCAGACUCACCAUUUCUUAGUCAGCAUACAUGUCUAGUUUUCAAGGAUAGAUAUCUUGUUUUUAUUGGGGGAUGGAAUGGACAUAUCAGGAUCCCAGGUAUACAUACAUAUGAUACUCAGUCGAAUACUUGGCUACCUCCUGCUUUGAAUGAACCACUGCUUACAGGGUUUCCUCAGGGAGCUGGGUUGUCAGCUCAUUCUGCUCAAAUAAUUCGUUCACUAGAUGAUGAGAAUACGUUUUCAGCUAUUAUUAUCGGCCGAGAAGGUUCUCUACGAAGCCAAAGAAAGGCAGGGAAUAUUUACUUACUAUAUGGUAAUUUGAUUGAUAUGGAUUCAUCUCAACAACGAAUGAAAUAUGUUUACUGCGAAGCCGAUUCCAGUUUAACAGUAUCGUCAAGAAGUUAUCAUACGUCGACACCGAUCACACCAUGUACAUUAGUUACCAUUGGUGGUUGUAAAAGUAAUUCGGUCGACUUAUUAAAAUGGAAAAUAAUCCAUAAUAAAAAGAAGAAAGAACCAUGCAAUUGGCCUGGUCGCCUUGACUUUCCACUGACAUCAUGUACAGUUGUAACAAGUUUUAUUAAAAAUAUUGAACAAAAACAAAAGUCGGAUCUAACUCAACUUUCACCAUCCUAUCAAAAUGGUUGGCGUGGCCAUUGUAUAAUACCAGGUGUUGGUGGUUUAUUUAUUGGAACAGGAGAAGGUUUCAAUGCAUUAAGACAUGGUCCGCUUAAUUCAGCAUAUCUUUUAAAGUAUACUGAAAAUGAUAGUAGUAUUAAACCGACAAUUUACGAAAUUGGUACAAUCGAUGAACCAAGAGCAUAUGCAGUCUCUGCAGUAUGUAGUAAUGACGGUACAGCUUGGUUACAUGGUGGUCUUGGACCUCAAGGUAAAACAAUGAAUACACUAAUGAAAUUGAUAAGAGUUGAUUGACAAACACUUAAAGUAUAAUUAUUUUAUAGGAAAUAGUUUUUACCGACAUAUUCCCCUAUCCUAAUUCCUUAUAGAUUUUUAAAAACAAAACGCUUCACAAUCUGAGUUCAUUACCGUUGAACUAUUUUCAGUGAACAUUUUGUGUAAUAAUAACCAUCUGUUCAU